UUCUGUUUGUAACGAUAGCAGCUGAGAAGCUGUCCAAAAAGCGCCACCUUCACGCACACACUUUCUCUCGUCUCUUCCCUCGUAAGAAAAGGGGGAGAUGGAUUGAGAGGAGUAAAGCCAACGCCAAAAUCCAACUCCUCCACCAGCCUCGGCACUUGGCAAGGAUUCGAUUUCUGUCCUCCGCGUCCGCUAUAAGACCUCACCGCCCACGCGACGUCGAGGUGCGUUCUUGACGCGAUCGGCCCUGUCCCGUCGCCUUUUGAUGCUUCCCGCAUUGUGGAAAUCCGUGGGCGAAUCAGCGUCUGGUUUUGGUUCCGUGGCGGAUCGUCCGGUGGAUGUUUUGAUGCGGGUUUGUGGGGCUGGGGAUUUUGGAUUGAGGGGGAGGGGGGCCUCACAUUGAGCUGACAAAGGAGAUGAUUUGCUGGGUCGAAUAAUGGACUCCAAUUCUCCGCUGGAUCACGCCGUGUUCCAGCUGUCUCCCAGGCGGUCACGGUGCGAGCUGUUCAUCUCGGGAAACGGGAAGACCGAGAAGCUUGCAUCUGGUUUGUUGAACUCAUUCAUCACUCAUUUGAAGGUUGCUGAACAGCAGGCUGCACAGGGAGGCAAGUCAAUAAAACUUGAGGUCCAGAGAUCAACGAAUGGCGACUCAUGGUUCAACAAAGGAACCCUUGAAAGGUUUGUUCGGUUUGUCAGUACACCUGAGGUGCUGGAAUUAGCCAAUGCAUAUGAUGCAGAAAUGUCACAGUUGGAAGGAGCCAGGAGAAUAUAUUCACAGGGUGCAGGAGAUCCGCUUGCUGGGACACUUGGUGCAGUUGACACAUCUACUACGGCAACUGUAGAUACAACAAAGAUGGAGCUUCUAAGAACCAUUGAUCUCCGGCUUACUACUCUUGAGCAAGACCUGGCCACUGCUUGUGCCCGUGCAUUUUCUGCUGGAUUUUCUAUCGAAAAUGUCUCCGAGCUUCUUCUCUUUGCUGAAUACUUUGAUGCAGAUCAUCUUAACGAAGCAUGCAAAAAGUUCAUCUUGCUUUCUCAAAGACAUCCUGAGCUUAUUGGCAAGCAGCAGCAGUCAAAGGCUAUGGAAAGCUCGGCCAAUGGAAAUAUUAGAUCCUCGUCAAGCUUAGACACAGACAUGUCAAUAGAUGAGCCAGAAUUGGUGCACGGUGGUGGUGGCAAACCACCAGAUGGUGAUGGUCUUCAGCUUCACAAUCCCAACGUUAGCAAACCAUCACAUUUUAACACAACACCGUUAUCAGGCACAUCUCAGCAGGCCAAGCUCAUCAAACAGCGUUUGGAAGGAGCAAUGCUGGAGCAGCCCGUUCCUCCUGCUUCAUCAGCCAAUGUGCCAGCUCAAUCGGGUGGAGCGAGUUUCAGACGGCUUAGUGUGCAGGACCGCAUCAACCUCUUUGAAGGCAAGCAGAAAGAACAAUCUGCAAGUUCUAGAAAUAUCAGCACAGCUGGUGUUAUUAAUAAGGUACUAGCCGGUAAAGGGGAGCAGCAGAGGCUCCCUUCUGAUGUUUCAGAGAAAUCAGUAUUGAGGAGGUGGAGUGGUGCCAGUGACAUGAGCAUUGAUCCUAGCAGCAGCAGCAGUAAAAGCUUUAAUGACCAGAAAGAAAGUGGGAGUGAUGUCGGAACUCCGACAUCUGCCAAUUUACAGCUUCAGUCUAUGAGUAAAACUGAAGAAGCUGAGGUUUCUGGUUUUGAGGAUACUGCAACAUCACAAUGCUGGUUGGAUCUCGAAAAAAGCACAACAGACACUUCCUCUUAUUCUUUGCUUUUGUCACAGUCCCAGUUUAAAGCUUCUCCCAGCACUGGAGAUUGUACUGAUGAUGAAGAUAUCAAGUUCUCUUUGAACAAGGGCAAACAAUUCUUGGAGAGGGGGCAGGAUGCAUGUUACCUGAGUGCAUCUAUGAGCAGGAUGAAGUAUUGUGGAUCGGGUGAUCAAGAUGCUUCUAUGGUCCACCAAAAAGGCUUUUUAGGGACCAGCAGCAAUGCUGGCUUGAAAGAUUAUGCAGUGUGUCACAUCCAACUAAAAGCAGAGGAUCAAGUGCAAAUAGAAGACCAAAAAACUUUGCUGGAUAUAUCACAACCUGUGUUAUGUGUGACUAAGCAGGUUAGAUCGAGAGAUCAAGAAAGCCUGCAGACCGAAACUAGAGAGGUUCCUUCUCGUGCAACUAGUGCUGGAAUAAAGGAUCAACCAAAGGUAGUUAACCAAUUCUGGACAUUUGAAAAAAGAGUAAAUCCUUUAGUGAAACCAAAAGGACCAUCAGAUUCUCCGGUUCAGUUUGGAAAUUCAUCAGUUCUGUCUUCAGAAAAUAACUUACUGGCUUAUCAAUCUGAGGGGAAAACUUCUCCUUCAAGAGUAGAGGAAGAAGGGGGUGGAAAUGCUGCUGCUUCUCAUGCAACUUUUGGAUCUUCUCUAGUUAAAACAAAGGAAGAUACCGAUCACCAGGGAAUAAAUUGGCAUCAAGCAGUUAAUCCUGAGAGAUGCGUUGAUGAAAUAGCUGAUACUAAAAUAAAUUGCAUGCCUGCAGUUCCUCUAAGGAAGGCUAAGGAAAUGCUGGAGAUGGUUGAACCACCUUCUGCACACUUGGCGGGGCAACUUCAGGUGGCAAGACCAUCAAAAGGAAAUCAAGAGUUAAAUGACGAAUUACGGAUGAAGGCGAAUGAGUUAGAAAAGCAUUUUGCUGAACACAAGCUCAGAACACUCAGUGAGCAAACAGCUUCCUCUCGAAGAAAUAGACCUGUGAAUGUCCAAGACAAACAUGUUCCCAUGGCUGUGGAGAAAACACUUGCGGUGGCACUUCCUGGUCAACUGCCUGAGACGAACCCUCUGAGGGAGACUUCUAACAGUGAGAUAGACUUUGAUGCCAAUUUCUUGUUGAAGAUGGUAAGCAAUGAGGAAAAUGAUAGUCAUAUAAACCAAGCGCUUGGUACACUAAGUCCAUCAGAUGAUUCCAGAGGAAAGUUCUAUUAUAAGUACAUGCAAAAACGGAAUGCGAAGCUACAGGAAGAGUGGGGAAUAAAAGGGGCUCAGAAGGAAGCAAAAAUGAAGGCAAUGCAUGACAGCCUUGAUUGUAGUCAGGCUGAGAUGAAUUCCAUAUAUUCAGGAUCUGCUGAUAGACAGUGUUCAAGAUAUAGACAUCGCCGAGUGGAAAAGCUGAGAUAUUUUAGCAACAAUCCAGCUUUAAGAAGCGAAAACCAGGCAGUCAAGUCUGUUCAGGAAGAGGAAGAUCUGGAGGAAGUUCGCGAACAAGUUGAUAAUGGCCAAGAUAUAUCAUUCAAUGAUCUCUUUGGUGAUAAUGCUUCUGAAAUUACUAACCUCAUGGAGCUUUUAUCUAUGAAAACUUUGUCUUCAUCCACGCCUUGGACAGAAGUGAAGCCUUCUGUAAAAUCUAUCAAAUCAGUUCCCAUAAAGUGCAGGACGCAAACUGAAAAUCCUCUUGCUGAAUCACUUCCCAACUUCUCUGACUUCAUAAAGGAAAAUGCAAAGCCAUUCACUGAUAAUAACAGAGUAAGCACUCGAGAGAAAAGAAAAAUAUUUUCUCGAAGCAAGAUUAUCAUUGAAGCGGCUAACCUUGUUAAGGAAGAGAAGCCACAAAGGUCUCAUUCCAUGAGAAAAAGGACAGCUAGACCCAGUGAAUUGAAGGACCUUUCUUCUCUCAAUUCUGAUACCGCUGAUCUCACACCCUUAGGGGUUUCCAAGGGCCCAACAAAUGCUAAUUUUAUUGAUAAAGUCCAGAGGAGCAGGGAGGCUAAAUCUUUAAUCAGGAAAGAGAAAGUUACAGGUCUUGGUUUAGGAGCUAAUAUACAUAAACCUAAAACCUGUAAAGUUUCAAAGGUAAAAAAGAAUGGACUGGUUUUUGAGGGUAUAGUUCAUAGAGAGGACUCAUCCAGCCUGGUUAAAGAUGUACUGGAGACAGAGAUAUCAUUAGCCAAAGGAGAUGCUAAGGCUGUAGAUUUUCUCAUCUUAGAUUGUGAAAAGCCAAGAAACAAUCAAGGAUACAAUAGCUCUGAUAUUUUUGGAUCAGAAAACGAUGUUCAAAGGUCUCUAUCUCAAGCAGAUUAUGAUACAGUUCCUGAUUCUCCUAUCUUUAGUACUUCUACAAGGAAUGAACAAGAGUCACCUGGAGAAAGUCCUCAUUCAUGGGACCUACACCUCCACCAGUCAUUUUCUGGUGUACACGAGGCAUCAGAAAUUCAUGCCUCUAUAGAUUCACCUGUAGGCAGUCCAGCAUCAUGGAAUUUACACCCACUGAAUCAGACAAUGGAGACAGAUGCUUCUCGAAUGAGAAAAAAAUGGGGAACUGCUCAGAUGCCUAUGAUUGUUGCCAAUGCAUCCCAACAAUCAUGCAUGGAUGUCACAGAAGGUUUCAAACGAAUACUGAAAUUUGGGAGGAAAAGUAAGGGAGUGGAGAGUCAAGUCACCAAUUGGGUGUCUGCUUUGACAGCUUCUGAAGGUGGUGAUGAAACAAUAGAUGGUCAUGAUUUGGCAGCACAACCAGAAAAUGACCUGUGGAAGCCAAAAAUGGAACAUGCACUCCCCCAUGAUAGGUUCACUGAUGGUGAGAUCUUUCCUGAACAAGCCCUAUCAUUACGCAGCUCCAUUCCAAACCCUCCAGCAAACUUCAAAUUGAGAAAGGACAAUCUAUCUGGAAGCUCCCUGAAAGCACCACGAUCUUUCUUCUCUCUAUCUUCAUUCCGGAGCAAGGAAUCCAAGCCAAGGUGAUACUAAAUAACUUGAAGCUGGAGAGGUGUAUUGCUACAAUUUUCCAAUAGAUGCAAUAUGGCGGCUUUAGUGUGUUAUAUAAUAUCCUUUUGUCUUUUCGUUCUUUAUUUGUGGAUUCUCAUCCACCUUGUCAUCUGUCAGUUGCUGUAGAUUUUGAUGUCUAUAAUAUAUUAAGCUAAUUUGCCAAUUGGCAACGCAAUGUUGUUUUAUCCCAAGUGCAGUAUUUUCUCCACUUGUAACAUGUCUUUGUAUAUCAAAAUUCAUCAGAACAAGAACAGGCAAGAAUA